UGGCCUGGGGAUUGAGGGUACCAGGCACUGUAGGAGUCUGGGGCUGGAAGGAGGAGAACUGAGAGGGUCAGGAUGGACCUUGACCAGAGCAUCCGGUGAGGGGCUGCUCCCGGAGGAAGGAUCUGAGAGUCCUUUCUCAUCCCUCAUAUCUGCCCAUUCCACUCCCUCCUUCCCUGAGAUCUCAGAUGAAGGACAUGCUUGUGGGAAGGAAUCAGAUGUGCUGUAGGAUCCAGACAAUGCCCAUCAUGGUGCUGCAGAAGGGUCUGCCCCAUGAAUCAGAGUCCUAGGGCUGGUUGUGGUGUUGGUCUCUAAAACCUGUGGUCUCUCUCAACCUGUGGGUUGAGGCAGCCCAUGUCCAGUUUCUUGUUUCUGCUCUACUCUCCUCUCUUCCUGCCCUCUCUAUGCAACUCCAUUGUUGCCUUCAGCAGAGUAUCCUCUUCUGUACAAACAUGCUCCAGGCUGAGGUGGGAGUUUUCCUGAUGACUUGCCAUGUGUCAGCCAGGACAGCAGAGGAAGUAUCCAGGUGGGAUGUGCUGGCAGGUUCCCUCCAUGCCCUGCUGAGCUGGUGCAAGUGUUGCUUUUAUGUGUGGUGUGAUGGGCAUGUCCUGGCAUUUAGCUGUGAGCAGGACAAGGUGAGCCAGGCAUUUAGUUUCAAUACUCAGAUCUUUGGCAGCAGCAGAGCACUCUGCUUUGCAAUGAGUGAGAGCUCAGGGUGUGAUUUGUGCACUCCCUGCAUGUUAUUCAGCCGUCGUUGACAGUGUCAAGGCUAAUGCUGUGUUACUGAAUUGUGAUGAGCUUUAUUGCUGGUGGAGGUGGAGAAAGCCACCUCCUGAUGUGCCAGUGGGGCUGGAAUGACUUCAGUAUUGAGAGAUUAAAGCAAAACUUUGUUGGGAUUGUUUAGAAAAACUAUCUUCCAUGUUGGGGGAGAAGGGAUCAGAAACGUGCUCUGCUGUGAAAGUGAAGCUCCUGAGGGUGGUUUUGUGGCCCCACUGAGACAAAGGCUGGUGUUGGAUCCACACUUGGCAGAGCUCUGGGCUGUCCUCAGCCCCCACCUCUAAACAAGGGCAGUCACUGCCUUCAAGAAGAUGUGACUUUGACAUCACUGAUUGGGAAAUCCUGAUGUGAUUGAUGCUCCAGUGCAAGGGACUUAGGUUGUAUUUUUGGAUCUCACACUUGUCACCACCUCUGGAUGUGCCUUGAUCCUGUAGGGAACACCCUCCACACUGAGGCCACUGGGAUCCUCAGCUUUUAAGGCAGGGGGUUCAUGUUCUUUUUUCAUCUCUCCUGAGCAGCUGCCACUGCCAUAUCAGACCUGGAAGGAUGUGCUGCACUGGGGGUUCACUCUCAGCACAGCACUCACAGGUUGCUGCCAAGCUGUCUGGCCUGGUAGGCACUGGUGAUGCUGGUUUGUUGCUGAUUUGUAGCUGGUUUAUUUCUGGUCCUCAGCUGCCUCACAAGUUGUCCCAUGUCUGGGGCAGCAAUACAAAACAGGGCUUUUCUGUCGGAGUGGGAGGAGCAGCUAAGCCUGGGUAAUGUCAAGGAGAGUAUGUGGGUGCAAAUAGCAUCAUGUUCACAACAUCUUUGUUUAAUGUUUUAGUCCACUUAGUCUGCAUGACUGUCUAAAAAUAGGACAUAUUUUCUCUAAGUCCUCUAGUUCAAAGCCUAAGCCAGUUUUUUUUCUGACAUUAUUCUCUUCCUUCUCUUUUGAGCCUGAAAUUCAUACAAGACAAAGUUAUCAGGAAAACUAAGAGUGAAUGAACUCUGUAGAAUCCUUAAGUUUCAGCCGCCCAAGAGGAAGUUCAUUAAAGUUGCAGGAACUUUCUGGCAGCCUCUUGAAGGUAGAUUCAGCAAGCUGAAUAAACAAGCAGCCUUGUGGCCACCAUUGACAUUUUUCUAGCAUCGACUUUGUGCAUUGUCAUAAGAGCUCAGGGUCAUCAGCCUCUGGCUGCAGGUGACUUAAAGCAAAGGUGACAUCUGUGGUGAGGGAAUGGGGCUGUCUCUGCUGGUUCACCCCACGGUUUGCUCUGCCUCCUGCUCUUAGGACAGAUGCUGCCUGUGGCAGCGGCCCCCCAGAGUCACCCUGGCCCAGGUGCGAAAGAGGGAGUGUGUUUAAAUUUCAGGGCUGCUGCUGGACCCAGCCCAGUGCUCCAGACAGCAUAAAUAUCUGGCCUUCAGCACAGCCGUGGAAACUUGCUCUCUGUCCUCCUGCAGAUUGCUCCAGGUCUUGGCUGUCCGUGCUGACAUGGUGACCGAGCGGUGGCUUUUGGCAGCAGGCAGACGGGGACAGCUGCUCCGCAGAGGCUAGCAGGAACAGCCUGGUGGGGUCCAUCUUGGAUAGACGCGGAUGAUGCCAGAGCUAUGACAGGGAUUGCAGUCUUGGCACUGAGGGGUGAUCAAUUAUGGAACAACUACAGGAGGAAGUACCUGAGGUCAAGGAAGAGGAAGAGGAAGAGGCAGUGAUGGUGGCAAGUGGAGCCUCAGACCCAACUGGAGGACCAGACAGCUCGCUGCCUUCAAGCAGCUACACAGACCUGUCACAGAGCUCCUCUCCCUCACUGUCGGACCAGCUGCAGAUGGGCUGCGAGGAGGCAGCGCUGGGAGCGCUGAACGUGGAGUGCAGGGUCUGUGGAGACAAAGCUUCAGGCUUCCACUAUGGCGUGCAUGCCUGCGAGGGCUGCAAGGGUUUCUUCCGCCGGACGAUCCGCAUGAAGCUGGAGUAUGAGAAGUGUGAGAGGAGCUGCAAGAUUCAGAAAAAGAAUCGAAACAAGUGCCAGUACUGCCGCUUCCAGAAAUGCCUCUCGUUGGGCAUGUCACACAAUGCAAUCCGCUUUGGGCGCAUGCCAGAGGCAGAGAAGAGGAAGCUGGUGGCAGGGCUGACAGCAAGCGAGAUCGGCUGCCAGAACCCACAGGUGGCUGACCUGAAAGCUUUCUCCAAGCACAUCUACAACGCCUACCUGAAGAAUUUCAACAUGACCAAAAAGAAGGCAAGAGGUAUCCUGACCGGGAAGGCCAGCAGCACCCCACAGCCUUUUGUGAUCCAUGACAUGGACACCUUGUGGCAGGCAGAGAAGGGGCUGGUGUGGAAGCAGCUGGUGAAUGGCAUCCCCCCCUACAAGGAGAUCGGGGUGCAUGUCUUCUACCGCUGCCAGUGCACCACGGUGGAGACUGUGCGGGAGCUCACCGAGUUCGCCAAGAGCAUCCCCAGCUUCAUAGGCCUCUACCUGAAUGACCAAGUGACUCUGCUCAAGUACGGGGUGCACGAAGCCAUCUUCGCCAUGCUGGCCUCCAUCAUGAACAAGGAUGGGCUGCUGGUGGCCAACGGGAAUGGCUUCGUGACCCGCGAGUUCCUGCGCAGCCUGCGCAAGCCCUUCAAUGAGAUCAUGGAGCCCAAAUUUGAGUUUGCUGUGAAGUUCAACGCGCUGGAGCUGGAUGACAGCGACCUGUCCCUGUUUGUGGCUGCCAUCAUCCUGUGCGGAGACCGCCCUGGCCUGAUGAACGUGAAGCAGGUGGAGGAGAUCCAAGACAACAUCCUGCGAGCGCUGGAGUUCCACCUGCAGUCCAACCACCCGGAUGCCCAGUACCUCUUCCCCAAGCUGCUGCAGAAGAUGGCUGACCUGCGACAGCUGGUGACAGAGCAUGCCCAGCUGGUGCAGAAGAUCAAGAAGACAGAGACAGAGACAUCUCUGCACCCACUUCUGCAGGAGAUCUACAAGGACAUGUACUAAGGACCUGUUAUUUAUGAGAAUGAAGCCAUUGAUUCCCAUCAAGACUCUUUCUACAGAAACAAAGAAAACCCUUCCCAUGUCUUCCAUUUCUCCUACUGGAAACUCUUUUCUAUGUGACCCUGAUAUACGGUACAUAGGACAAGAUGCUGUCAGGAUUUGCAGCCGCCUCCUGCUUGGCCAGGGCUUCCGUUAACACACACUAAUAAAUCUGCAAAGCUGCUGUUCCCGUUCCUGUGACCCAGCUCUGGCUGCUCCCUCAGCGGAGCAGCCACCCGGUUUACAUGGCUCAGGCAGCAAGGUCACUGUGGCACCUCGAGUCCCCAGGGUGGGGAGCUCUGGUCCUGAGGAGUGCCAAGGGGGUGCAGGGGCCAGCGGGGCCGACAGCAGCACUUACAGUGUAUUUGUGUUCUCUUGUUCAUUUGCACUCCAAGGACGUGGUCAGUGUGAUAAAAGGAUGUAUCUCUCUUUCCCAAAGAAAAGCUCUGGGGUAUUUGAACAUGGGUUCAAAUGUCCCAGCAGAGACCCUCAGCUGCGGCCCUGCCUGUGCUCUGCAGUGUGUUCCUGUCUCCCACAGGACUGUGUGAGCUCUGCCUUCCCAGGUGCUGUGUGGGAACCUUUGCUUCUGGCACCCUCGUUCCAUAGGGAACGUGUCCCUUGGCACCUCAGUAUGAGAGGCUGGGAUGGGGAAUUAGGAGGGAAAGGAUUUGAUUCCUUAAAAUUCACCUUCAGAGGAGACGCACAGAAUCCAUGGCUUCCACAGGCUGUUCUGCACAGAUGUGAGUUAGAAAAAAAGGUUUGUGGAGGGUCAGGGGCCCUGAGCUGGUCAGGGUUUGGUGUCCUGCUUCAGUUUCCCCUCUGUGAAAGGUGCCUGGAUUGUCACAUGCUGUCUGCUCGGAGCAGGAGCACAAGGAUCUGUUAGUGCAUUGGUUGCAGAAAGCUUUGCAGCUGUAAAUGCCAAGGAUUUAGAAGCAGGGAGGGAGGAUGCUUCCAAUGGGCAAAAGCUUCCCAGUGAGCGUGGCUGUGUCAGGGAAGCUGCUAGUCCUCCGCCACUGUUCCCAAGAGUGUGAACAGCUCCAGGCUUAGGGGUCUGCCCGAACCCAGCAGCAUUCUGGGACUUUACCUCACAACUUCUCACAGCUGUAGUGAAACACCUCGGUGCUGUCUGGGCAGGCCAGGCCCCUGGUGUGGGUGCUGUGUCACUUGGACUUUGGGUGGACCUGGGAAGGGCUCGGUUUCCCUUUCAGCGUAAUGGUGUCUCAUCUAAGAAGCAACACUUCCUCAUCUGCAGCUCGUAGUCCCCUGUGUCCUGAGCAGCCUUAUUAAAAUACUGAUAUUCCCUAGGAGGGGUGGUGGGAGCAAAUUACUUGGUUUUAUUUUACUUUCCUCCUCUUCAGGGUAGCAGAUUUCCUUGGUGCAAUAAUUCCUUUAAAACCCAAAGGGGAAGAACACUGGACUUUCCCUCCCCAUCACAGGGCUGGCCAGUCCCAAACCUCCCCAUGCUGCCACACUCCACUCCUUUUGCCGUGCCUCAGUUUCCCUGCCCAGCCCUCCCCUCCCUACCUCGCAGGGGUGUUGGGAAUUACCGUUUCUGAAGCACUUUGAAGCCCUCUGGGAGAAGGCAUUGGAGACAUGCGUGUGCUGGUCGGAGCCCGGGGGAUUUGUCUUUCCCAAAACCCCGGUGGUGUCCCCGCCGCGGCCACAAUGCAGGAUUCGUGCCCAUCACCUGGGAAACUUUUUGCUCUUCCUUCCUCGACAGUAUAACAACCCUCAAACUGAAAUGUAUAUUUUUGCUAGAGGUACAAACCUCCAAGUGUUUUUAAUAAUAUAGUGUCUACAAACUGACUUGACUUUAAAUAAAUCAGAACUAAAUAUUUAAGAAC